GUGCAGGAAAAGCAGCUCCUUAUUAUAUGGGGUCGACAACAAGUUUACCUCGUGGUGGUCCUCUCCUAAGGCCCUAUUCACCCGCAGUAGGAGCCCUUCCACCGAAAUCGUUAGCAGCAGGUGCACCCCCGAAGCCACAGAGGGCAUACUCCAGCGGGGUUCCCCGCGCUAGCGAAGAUUCAUCACGCACUUCAGACAGAUUCGCCCCCUUUCAAAGGCCUGUUAACCCCCUCUUUAAUUUACCAGAUGGUUACAUGUCUUCUCCAGAACGAGGAUCUCGUGGGUAUGAAGAUCCAUACUACAGUCAAUAUUCCGCAAGGUCUGGUUCUAUAACACCCGUUAUAGACGAAGAAGUAAGCGACACUGAGCUAAUGGACGAACAGUAUUCAUUAUACGGGGUUAAAAUGCCGCCAGGGGGUGGGCGUCCUGCCCCUAGGGCCCAGUUUCCCGGACCCGCUGCACCACCCUAUGACUCUACAAGAAUAAGGGUGGAACAUAUGGAAAGGCAGUUGGCAAAUCUAACCGGAUUAGUUCAAAAAGCGCUAACACAAACUCCGACCCCGAGAGAUUUCCUUACGGUGCCGGGCAACAGAGAAAACUACCGCACAGGAGAUGAGUUCGAUAAGAACUCCAGCUCAAGUUCAGCAUCACUACCAGACGACUCAUAUCUGCGCACUGACAACAAAACGCCCAAACUGGGCAAAAGCGGUUGUCAUAAGUCUGUAUCCUUCGAGAAAUCUGUCUCAUUCAGUGAUGAACCACCUGAUAUGAAUUCUCCAAAACAACACAGUCCUCAACAUGCAGCGGAUACUAAACCUCCAAAACCUGCGAUUAAGUCUUCAACCCUUCCUAGGACUUCCUCUCAGGAAAAAGACAAAUAUAAGCCUGCACCACCUCCAAAGCCUGCUUCAUUGUCUCCAGGACAAUACGAAGGACGACUUAUAUAUCGCGACUUGCAGCUGACGCCGGAAAUGUAUAACCAGCUCAGAGGAUUACAAAAGAAGGCAAAAGAUUUGCGAUCCGAAGUUCGCAAUUUAAGAAGGAUGUCCCAGGCUCAAGCCCACUCCGUUCGGGAAUCGAUAAGGGAUACCUUUAUCAAAAUAAGAGCCAUGCUGCUUGCAGGAGGCGAACAGAUUUGGCAGGCUGGAAUGGAUCAAGAGCGAGUACGUCUAACUCGUGAAGAAGACUUAUACAAGCAAGAAAUGUUAAGAUUAGAAAAGGACCUUACGGAUUUGGAAGCUUCGGUAGAAGAACUUCGUGGCAAUGUCAUCAAUAGAAAGACGAGGGUGAAUAUGUCGGAUGUUGAAAAUAUGGCGUUGGUCCUGAGCAAAAGUUCAAAAACCGUCGCUGACCUAAAACUGCGAUUUCCUGGCCUUCAGGAUAGCAUGAAGGCUUUUUUGAGUGCUGAAAUGGACAAAGUUAUGCGUGAAGAAAAAUUCCUUAAAGAAGAACCUGAAAGACUCGAGAGCGCAUUGAGAAGGUGUAAAAAAUUAACUGGAACCUUGGUCACCCUUAAAAGAUUGUUUUCCGUCCAAAGAUUAGCUAGCGUUCAAGAACAGCGGCUUCCGUGUUCGACUCCACCAGCGUCUUCAGAUGGUAGGGUUUCGCCAACAAGUAGCGAAACGCCACCCGUGACUCCUUCAGGACAGCACAGCAAACCCUCUACCAGCCCACGUAUGGGGACGAUCGUCAUCGGGGGAGACGGUACCAACUCCUCCGACAGUUGCCAGCGUCCGGAGAACGCACUCGACGCUCUGCUAGACGAACUCCAAACAUUCUCGAAGCCCCAUCCUCCGCUGAGUACUCAAACAUCCACUCAGUCGGUCAUCAAUUCUGACACCUCGUCAGAUCCACCAGCUAUACCUGUUAAAGGUAUACCUGCAACCAAUAGCAGCGUACACUUCACACAUCCCCCUACCAUGUCAGAAAUCGGCAGAAAAGGAAGCAUGGACUCUGCCACCUUCCUGCCAACCCAAAAUCUUACCAUCAGCACCAUACCAGGAAAUCUUAGGCGUCUCCAUUCUUAUCCGAGCGGAUCAGACACAGAUAACAGUCCUCCAAUACAACCCUUGCAACGCACCACAUUAGAUCCCAACCGAACAACCGGAAAACCGCCGAUUCCAGAAAGAAAUGCCGAACUUCUUCAGCAUCUUACUGCUUCCGGUAAAAGAAUUCCUCCACCUCCGCCACCUCGAACUAGCUCAAAGUCUCCCUUAGCAUCUCCCACAUCGCCCAGUUUACCCCCGCGAUCUCCAGCAGUGGGAUUACAACACAUUCAAAACGUACAGAACAUGAGUGAGAAAGGUACCAUGUCACAAUUCGAGGCAGCAACGCAAAACUUGGGUCUGAGCACGCUACGACGUAACAUACCAAACAGAUCUAUGCCAAAAGACAACAAAUCGCAAACGUUACCUAGGAAUAUCGGUUCAAAUCUUUCAACGCAUCAAGAAACGAAAGAGGGCGAGUUACAGAACGUCAGCAGCAGCAGCUGCGAAAGCGUCAAUUCACAGGACGGUUCGAAGAAAGGAACUCGCAAAGAGGAAUUAGAACAACGUCAUAAAGAACUACUCAAAAAGCAAAAGGCUCUUCAAGAACAGUACGCCCGAUUGCAGCAACUCCAAAGAGGUAAUAACACGUUAGCAGUAGUUCCUCCUCCGUCAGAUCAGUUGCUCAAAAAGACUGGAAGCGAGUCCAAUCUCAUCCAAAAAAUGGGUCUGCAAAUGUCAACGACACAGAUGACGGGAUCUCUUACUCAUUUGCCUAGCACCUCAACUAUCACUUGCAGUGAUGCUGCCAAUAAGCAAACGCAAGAUAAUUCCAUGCAGCCAAAAGAAACCAUGCAAUCAGAAGAACUUUCUUCUGGUAAUAAUAGCAGCAGUUCAACCACUAGCAAAGUCUACGAAACGGAUAUCCUGUGACCCUUCUACUUAAGAAAACAACCGUUGUCUGUCUGUUGAAUGUUAUCAUCAUAUUUCACUUUAACUACUAUCAUCAUUAUCAUAAUUUAUUGGCAGCCUCUCGAUCGAUGUUAUAUGUAUUUCAUCAUGUACGAACAUACAUACAUCUAAACGAUGUCAUGUCAAUAAUACUCAUAAUUACACAUCAAUACGCAAAUAAACAAUUAUCCUACUUAUCGCUCUAUUGGUUGUAAAGUAUUUUGUACAUUUAAUAAACACAUUUUGCUGACGACAUAGAUAAAUAAAAUAUGUAUUAUGUAAAAUGUAGUUGGGAUUCAAUUUUAGAUCAAAAUUUUACUACCGUGCACUUCGAAACAAUGUGCUAAACUUUAUCUUGUAAUCACUUUGUGUAAAGUUUCUCCGUUUACGUCAUUUUAUUGAGGGCUAAUUGGUGUUUUUAAAUAUAAAAGAAGUGAACAAUUUUUGCUCAUCGUAGAUUGCACAAACAAAAAUUCUCUUAGAAUGUGCGUACAUAUUUAUUCCCAAAAUUUAUUCCGUUAAUCUAAAAGAGUUCCUAAUACUAACCAACCCGGUUUAAUUAGAUAUAUAGUUUUUACGUAAUUCGAUUCAAAUCUUUAACAAAUUUAGGUACCUAUUAGAGGGUGCUAAUUUAUUCUACUUGACACUCCAAUUACACAUAUUUCGCAGUACACAGUAUCCAGUUUGGCACCGAAAUGCCCAUCGAAACUUAUAACAAAUACCAAGUAAAUUUGUGAAAACUCAGCUACGACAAUUGUCACUCUUCAGUAAUUAAUUAUCUCAGGUCGUCUUCUUAUGUGCUAACGCUGAGCUCAAAGUUGCCAAACACAUGAUUUAGUACCCCCUGGAUCAAUUGAGCACCCUCUAGUAAAUUUAAAUCUGUUAAUUUUCCUUUUUUGCGCUUAUUAAAAUUUGUACGCACUUGAGACUCGAAAACCUUAUUUUAAUCAUACUAAAUCUUUAUGGUACUUACAUAUACAUAUGAUAGAUUUACUGUGCCAAAUGGUAUUAAUUUUUUGCGAUAAUGUUAGUUCGAUUACCCAAUAAUAGCACUCCACAUGUGA